AUGUCCAAGCACGCCCGCGCAGAGCCUGACGAGGAGGUGGCUCAAGUCAUUGCACCCGCGAAGCGGCUCAGGUUGAACGAACGUGCGGGCGCAGCAACACUGAUGAACCCCAACCGCCUGCCCGAACCCGACUUGGGUGAUGCGAUUGAUUUUCUCAUCGGGCACUCAGACGACCUGGCAUACUGCAUGGCGACCCUCAAGCAAUGGUCAGAGCAGCCCAUGCAACCACAGCGUUGCGAAAGUACUCGGGAGUCGGUUGCCGCCCUGUGUCAGCGGUUGGUUCCCGGCGUCCAGGAGCUGGCGUCCCAAGUGGCCAAGAACAAGUCGGCAGGGGAAAAUCCCGGCACAGUAGCAGUCUCUGCUCAUGUCGCCUUCACAAAAUGGACAUCGGCAAACAUCCCUCUAUCACUCCCGCCACUUCCAGAAGUCAAGGAUGUAUGCGUGGAGCAAGCUGCUCUCAGGCAUCCCGAAGCCGUACGCACAAAGGCAAUGUCGGUCCAGGAGAAUAGUGAUCGCCUCGAGUGGCUAGGCGACGCGUAUCUGGAGCUAUUUGCCACGUGCUUCAUCUACGAGACUUUCCCAGACCUGGCACACGGAAAGUGCACGCAGAUCCGCGAGAGGCUCAUCCGCAAUGAGAGCCUUGCCGAGUGGACUCGCGCAUACGGCCUCGAUAAACGGGCUCAGCUGCCCCCCGAUUUCAACAACUUCUCAGCGAACAAAAAAAUCAAGUAUCUUGGCGACAUCUUCGAAUCCUAUGUUGGUGCUAUUGUCAUAUCUGAUCCCGGCUGCGGCGUGGCUCGAGCUGCGAGCUGGCUGAAGGACGUUUGGGCGAUGGCAAUCGCUCACAAGAUUCGGGAGGAGGAAGCGAGACAACGAUCGCAACGAGAGAGGAAGGUCAGCACCGGCAAGUGUUCCACAGAAGAUGGUACUCAGUUGGUAGCGGGGCCGCCCAAGGUGAUCCUCUCGCGCAUGCUGGUCGUUCCAGGCGUCAAAAUCCAAUACGUGGACCUCCCAGGGCCGAAGAAGAAAGAUAAGGACAACCACCUUCCUAUCUUCAGCGUCGGCGUCAAAUUGGAUGGUUGGGGCGAGAGCGAUGUCUUGCUCGGGAGGGGGUUUGCGUUGUCGAAGAGGGAGGCAGGAGAGAAGGCCGCACAGAUGGCACUGGACAACAAGAAACAACUCAAGAAGUACAUCGAUAUGAAGGACGCUUGGAUGAAGCAGAGGGGGGUGCAUGAGGCCAUGCUGGGAGGGAGCCGAUAA